AGUAGCUGUUCAAACCAAUUGGACUAAUAAAGAUGAAUAGCUAGAAUACUUUCACCGAAUUAUAAUAACGACACGGAAUCAUAUAGUAGCACAAAGACACUAGAUAUAAGAAAUUAAAUUAUAUUCUCUGGCAUAUCACAAAGAAGUGGGAUAUCACCAUGUUAUUUGGUACUGUGUCAAAUGUCCAAUUAAGCCGGGACAAUCUUAUUUCUACUGCACACGUUUUGUACUCGUAAUCAAAUAAUGGGCGGUUCAACAAGCUCUCCGAUCCCUGGCGGUGGGACGUCUGGGUACCACAUUCUGCGAGUUCAGGACGGUUCACCUGGUCAUCAAGCUGGUUUGGAAGCUUUUUUCGAUUUCAUCGUUGCAGUUGGCGACAAACGUCUGGAGGAAGAUAAUGACUGCAUUAGAGAUUUAUUACAGGCUAAUAAAGAUAAACCUGUUCGCCUACUUGUUUAUUCGUCUAAAUCUCAAUCUUGUCGUGAAGUAACUCUAAUCCCCAAUAAUCAUUGGGGUGGUCAGGGUUUGAUGGGUGUCAGUAUUCGAUAUUGUUCAUUUGACAGAGCUAAUGAAAAUGUAUGGCACGUAUUAGGUGUAGAGUCUAAAUCACCAGCGGAUUUGGCUGGAUUAAAACCAUACACAGAUUACAUAAUUGGUGCAAACUCCGUAUUGAAUAAUGUAAGCUUGUUUUCGAUGUAUUUUGCCACAUAUUUACUAGUUGCGCUUUAUUCAUGUUGUUGAUUAAAUAAUUUACUAAGUACAUGUUUAAAUUUUCGACUUUGAUCCACACUAGGUGUAGGGACUAGUGUCAUUAUCAGGUUGUAUAAGACUAUGGGAUUCAAACCUGUAAUCUGUUGGUUAAAAGCCAAGUACAUUAACCACCGAGUCACUGCCCCAUUUUCGAUUUUUUUUUGAUUGUAUUAAAUACCGAUAAUUGCAUUUCGUUGUAGAAAAGGAAUUUCGUAUAUAUAUAUAGUUAUAGCGGAGUUUUCGGUUUGUAACGAAUGCUUCUUGUUGUUCAAAUAAUGAACUGAGUACCUAUUGAUAGAUUAUUAACGGUGAUACAAUGUAAUGUAAAUAGCUGUCUUCGCAAGAUACUCAACAUCCAUUGGCCGGAUACCAUCAGCAACAGCCUUCUGUGGGAGAGAACAAACCAACUUCCAGCUGAAGAAGAAAUUAGGAAAAGACGAUGGAAAUGGAUAGGACAUACAUUACGCAAAUCGUCAAACUGCAUCACGAAGCAAGCCCUAACUUGGAAUCCUGAAGGGAAGCGAAAAAGAGGAAGGCCAAAGAACACAUUGCGUCGGAUAAUAGAAGCAGAUAUGAAAAGGAUGAAUUACAACUGGAAGGAGCUAGAAAGGAUUGCCCAGGACAGGGUUGGAUGGAGAAUGCUGGUGAGCGACCUAUGCUCCUUCACGAGGAGUAACAGGCGUAAGUAAGUAAGUAAGUAAGUAAGUAAUAUAAUCCAUUAAUAACUGCUGACAAGAUCGAAUUGUUUACGAAUGCCUCUAAAUAAACUGAUAACACAAGUCUAUAGAGCACGUUCUUAUUACUUAAUAAAAUAACGAAAGUCUAUGAAAAAUAUUAAACACUAAAAUAAACAUGACCAAAGGUUAUGUUAAACUUAAGUUCAUUAGGUCACUCGACCACAAAUCAAAUUUAACAUCACCAUAUCGACAUUCGUUCACUCCUAUCAUAUCAUUACUUUUCUGAAUUUGUAGCCCAGUGUAAUCAUGUGAUAUAACGAGAAGGGUCUUACCUAAUUGAAAUUCGAGUAACCUACAAAAUUAAUUCUCUUCCUUUAUCUCGUCUGUUGAUAUCAGUACAGUUUCUGGCGCACGCCAAUCAAUCGGUCUCAUGAGCAGUUAUCACGUGACCACAUUGUAUAUCAGCUGUCGAUUACCAUUGGAUUUAUUCAUUCAACAAUCCACGAACCUACUCAAAAUCCUCCCCAUAACGAUUUGAUACGUGGCUGAAAUUAUAAAUCACACAUUUGGUUUUCCUAAUACAUGCGGUGACGAUCAGGUGGUCAAAGUGCUUGAGUUUAAAUCGCCUUGUCCCAAUUCGGUUUAGAGAGCCGAUUAUCGUUAGGUUUACGCAAAGUCUGAGUAUAAGCCAAGCUCAUAAACUUGCUCUUGGUGACUAGUUUGCACCAACCGACUUCAGUCUCAUUUGUUAUAUUGUAAUGUAUGUAGAUGUAGUGUUCGUAACACAAUGCCUAACCAUUUACAUUGUAACUGAAGAUCUAAGUAGGAAGUAGGGUGAGUGUGCCUGCACCGCUGAAACUAAUUUUAUAUGUCCAAUAUCAAGCGUAAUAACUAGCCAGCAGUCAUGGGGCGUAUCAGUAUCACAUUUUGUAGCUAUGACUGUAUCUCAAUUUAGCCUAUAUCAUUCCGGCUUUUUAUCAUCCUGAUCCACGUUGCAGUGUCUCACAUUAAUCUUGUCGCAAACAUAUCAACAAACGUUUACUUUACAUUCAGCUUGCAUAUAGACUUUAUCUAUGGGAGAUUACAUGCAAAUAAACACAUAACACUUAAAUCCAGAAAGUUUUUUAUGUAAUCGUUUAGUAUUUUUCUUAACAAACAAGCCCUUUUUUCAUGAGCUUAUUGUCUUUAAAUGUUUUAUAUACAUUAACAUAUCUAUGAAGAGAGAUGAUUUUUUCGAACUAAUCGAUUCUUCCGACGGGCACGUGAUUCAAUUGUAUGUUUAUAAUUCUGAAUUGGAUUCAUGUCGUGAAGUACAUCUCAAACCUGAUUCCAACUGGGGUGGGAAUGGCUUACUCGGUUGUGAUAUUGGUUAUGGUUAUUUACAUCGUAUUCCAACAGCAGCAUCAACACUGCCUGAAUCAUCACAGUUACCGAAUAAUGUGCCGCAUUAUCCACAGGAAUCUCUGAAAUCGUCAACUGUUAGUGAAUUAAAAUUACCACCUGCGUCAUCAAAUGAAAUUACUAACGGAGUUGCUGCUCCUUGUUAUCCUCCACCUUCGUAUACGUUCAACAAUACACCAUCAAAUAAAUUUGCUGAGGUUCCUCUAGUAUCUUCAUCAAUGCAACCCACAAUACCGCCUUCAUCGACACCACUUCCAACUACUUAUCCUACUCAAGUUCCUGUAGAUCAUUUUAACUAUGCUUACGCCCCCGUCCCAUCUUCAGCAUUUACACAAAAUUCAAAUAUCCCGCCUCCUGCACCUCUUCCUCCUGGAUUGACAAAUAUAUUUAGUAUGCCAUCAAUAAGUUCUCCAUCUGUUGUUGGCGGUGUUCCUGUCGUAUCUUCAGAUGCACCUUUGAUUUCUUUCGAAUCUACAAAAAAUGUUGGAAAUGCUCCUCAAUAUUCACAGUUUAAUAUACCACAAAUGCCAAGUGCUCAAUAUUUUCAACCUGUCACUGAUAGUCUACCUACUUCUACGAUGAUUGCACUGCCUGGAAUGCCACCAUUAGACGUUAAAAUGCCUCCUCUAGAAAGUAUGUUAUAUAUGUGUUAUAAACAGUUUAUAUGGUUUAAUCUAAAACUGUAUGUACUGUUAAUGUUUUUCACUUUUAAGCAAUUAGUAUUUCCACUAACCGAUAUUAAACACUGAUUUCUCUUCACAUCAUAUAGCACUAAUCAUUAUCUAGCAUUGUUUAUUUCAAUUGUUCGAUAUGUACAGUUCUUUAGAUUUCUAUAUCUAUCAAUAGCGUACCCAGAUAAUAAGUAAAAGAUAGAUCUAAACAAAUAUAGGAUAAUACAAAUAUUAGACCUAUCAAAUAGCUAAGUAAUGAUGUAGCGGUAAACACAACUGAUUUAAUUUGAAUACUUUUAAGUUAGUGAAUAUAUUGUGUUACUUUUCCUACUAUUUUUCAGUAGUUUAUGUUUCUUCUUGUUUUUCAAACUCAUUAUUAAGAUUUUUGACGGAUUUUCGGUUUUUAACAUUAACUCCUAUAAACAUUUAGGGACCAGAUAAGCUAAGGAUAUGAUGAAUGUUAUUGUCUACUUUUUUUCAUUUCCACAUUUUCCAUUCAGUGAAUGCUAUCUUCACUCGGGUUUUCAUUCAGAAUCUACAAUAUUUUUCUAACAGUUGUUAAUGCACAGAAUAUUUCUGAAGACAGUGAAUUCAUCUAUAUACUGACCGUUGAAUUGGACAUGUACAUAGAUGUGUCAGGUCUUACAUUGUUGUCUGAUAGUGGAUUAUAAAAUUUAUUUUCACACUUUAUAAGUAAUAUUCUAGUCAGUAGAUUUAUACCCUGAGAUUCAGUUUAGAAUUCUGCUGUGAUCAUAAAAUUCACCAGUUACACUAAUCAUCAGCAGUUCAAUACAUACUAUUUUAUAUGUAAACCUUGAAAAAAGAUAAAGUUGGUAUGGUGUUUAUUUUUUAACUGGUUGAUAAUCAAGCUGAAUAUAGAUAUAAUCAAUAAAUUUUUAAGGUUGGCUACUCUUAUAUCAAUUAUACUCAUACUACUAGAAGUAUUACUCUACAUAUUAAACUGAGCUUCUAAACUUCAUUAUAUAACUAAUAAGUUAAAAGUGUAAUUUACAAAUCUGUUGUUAUGUAAUUCCUGACGAGUAUACACAAAUAGCAGUUAUUAACAUCUUUUCUAGUAAAGAAUUGUUUUUCUUGUAUUUAAAACUUAUAAAUAAAGGUUUAGUGUUGGUUCAUAUCCAUGUGUAAUCCUUCUCGUAUAGGAUACCUUCCGUAUUCAGAUAUUGGCAAUGUAUGGUCUCGUUUAUUGAUGUUAUAUAAGGUUGUGUAUAAUUAGAUGUUAUGUGAAAAUUUCUCCUAUUCACUUGCAAUCUACAUAUCUAUUGAAUUAACUAGGUAACAUGUAAUGCGUAUAUAUUAGUUCAUAAAUCCUGUUUACUUCAAAUGAAAACAGCUAAGAUGGAACACUUAAAGAAUAAAUCAUCCAACUUACGCCUGUUACCCUACAUGGAGGAGCGUAUGCUGCCUACCAGCACUCUCCAUCCAACCCUGUCCUAGCCAAUCCUUUCUAGUUGUUUCCUGUUGCUAUUCAUCCUUUUCCUGUCUGCUUCCAAUUGCCGACACAGUGCGCUGUUUGGCCUUCCUCUUUACCGUUUCCCUUCAGGAUUUCAAGUUAGCGCUCGCCUCGUGAUGCAAUUUGCUGAUUUCCUCAAUGUAUGUUCUAUCCAAUUCCAGUGUCUUUUCCUGAUCUCCUCUUCAGCUGUAAGUUAGUUUGUUCUCUCCCACAGUAUGUUGUUGCUGAUGGUAUCUAGCUAACGGACAUUCGGUAUCUUAUGUAGACAAUUGUUUAGAAAUACUUGUACAUUUUUGAUGAUGGUUGUUGUAGUUCUCCAAGUUUCGGCUCCAUGCAGUAGGACUGUCUUGACGUUCGUAUUGAAGAUUGUGACUUUGGUAUUGGUUGACAGUUGUUUUGAGUUCCAUAUGUUCUUCAACUGUAAGAAUGCUGUCCUUGUUUUCCCAAUCCUCGCUUUUACGUCUGUAUCGGAUCCUCCUUGUUCAUCGAUCAUGCUUCCCAGAUACGUGAAAGAUUAAACCUCUUCCAGAGCUUCUCCAUCAAGUGUGAUUGGGUUGGUGUUCUCUGUGUUGUAUUUCAGUAUCUUGCUUUUUCAUUUAUGUAUUUUCAGGUCUACUGUUGCAGAGGAUGCUGCUACACUGUUUGUCAUGACCUGCAUUUGUUGGUGUGUGAUGGGAUUGAAGGAAUGGUUUAUUUGAGAAGUCCGAAUUGUUUAGUUGCAUCCAACCUGUCCAUUGUAUUCCGUGCUUCCUCUCAGAUGUUGACGUCUUCAUAAUGCAGUCGACUAUCAGAAGAGAGAAAAAGGGGAAGAGUAAACAGCCUUGCCUGACUCCGGUCCUCACUUGGAAUGCACCUGCUAACCGUCCUCCAUGCACCACUUUGCAGUCUAGUUUGUUGUACGAAUUCCGAAUGAUGUUGACGAUUUUCUCAGGCACACCAUAGAGUCGAAGAUCUUCAUAAUGUUCUCCUAUCCACACUGUCGAAUGCUCUUCCGUAGUCAAGGAAGUCAAUGUACAGUGACGUGUUCCAUUCAAUUGAUUGUUCAACGAUGAUCCAUAGUGUCGCGACUUCGUAUGUACACGACUUGUCCUUAUGGAAUCCAACCUGUUGAUCUUGAAGCUGGAAGUCUACUGAAUCUUUCAUCCAGUUCAGUAACACUGCUGAAAACUUUUCCUGGUACCUGUAGUAGUGCACUGCCUCUAGAAAGGACACCUCAUCAAGAUACCAAAGAGAAGAUUUAAGCAAUUGUGAGAACUAUAGUAUGUCAACGCUUGUUCUUCCUCCCAAAUCCUCCUGAAUAGAGUAUGAAGCAUGCUUGCAAUUACUUCUCUGUCUGACUUCAGUGCUUCAGCUGGUAUAUUGUCAGGUUCUGCUACUUUCCCACAUUUGACUUAUCUGAUGGCCAUCUCGAUUUCUUCGAUCGUUGGUGGAGCGAAAUCUAUAGGAAGGUUUGUAGGUGCUGCUUCGAUAUCCGGUGGAUUAAACGGAGCUGGUCUGUUCAAGAGUUCCUCGAAGUAUUCUACCCACCUUUUCCUCUGUCCAUGAAUUUCAGUGACUGGCUUGCCUUCUUCGUCCCUGGUCGGUUUCUUUAGUUUACUAUAUUUCCCUGCCAGUUUCUUCCUUGUGUCAUAUAGUUGUUUCAUAUGUCCUUUUCUAGCAGCUUUUCCCGCUGUUAUUGCUAACCCUUCCACGUAUUUAUGCUUGUCGACUAUAAUGCUCCUCUUCACUUGCUUGUUUGGCUUUGAGUCCCGACCGUUGUUGCUACCUUGACCUGGUGGUCGGGCUUGCCUAUCGUGAUGAAGCAACCGAGCUAUACUGGCUGGAACAACCGUUCCUCAAGGUCCUACCAUGUCAGACAGGUCGGUUGAAGAGCGGUAAGACUAAAAGCAACAAACCUAAGGUCCGAAGGCGAAGUCGUCUUGCUGACUGUACAGAGGUGUGACAGCAGUAAGGUGUUUCCUUCAGACAACCAGCAUGACAUCGAUGCUGCCUUCACACAAGGAAUACUUAUCGGCGUCCGACAAUGGUGGUCUUUCUUGACUGAAAAGCAGCAUUAGACUCCGUAGACCGCGAGACCCUGUGGCAGUAUCUGUCAUUGAAAGGCGUACCUCAGGGGUACAUAAACCUUGUGAAGGCUCUUUACUCGAACACCACCAGUUGAGUCAGAGGUAAAACGCUGGGUAUUAGGGAAUGAUGGUAAAUCAGUUGAUAAGGUUGUGGAUCUUCAUCGACUGAGAUGGUUGGGCCACGUGUUACGUAUGCCUGAACACUGAUUACCACGACGUGCAAUGCUAACCGAUGUUGGUGAUGGUUGGAAGAAAUUUAGGGGCGGCCAAACUAAAACGUGGCAUCAGUGCUUAAAGUCAUUAACUUCUAGUCCUAGCAAUGUUGAUAGAUGCAGACUACUUGGUUGGGGUCCGCGUGACUAUUGUAACCAACGGUUUGAGACUGUGAGUGACAUGGCUCAGAAUCGAUCACAGUGGAGUAGGUGUAUACACUCUCUGUCUUCCCUUAAACCAUGAGAUAAAAAUUGCUUUAUAUUUUUCUUUUACAAACUAAUUCUUUCUUCUUGUAUUAUAUCGUUAUACGCAAUCUUUCUUUUGUAUAUUACCACCUCUGAAUUAACUACUUUUAUGAAUCCGGUGUCCAUCUUGUUGUGUUAAUGAGUUGUGGCAACUUGGACCGAUGCAUAUAUGUGCCUGGUCGUACGUUGUAGCUGACUGACUGACUUGGUUCUGCGUAUUCAGCUUGUGCCCUGACUUUCUCUGUUCUUGUUCGGCUGUUGUUAAUUGUUGUCUUCUUGUUCUUUCGUUCUUGAAUCUUGUCUAGUGUUUCAAUAGAGGUCCAUUAUCUAUGAUGAUGCUUGUUGCGACUUAGAACCUCCUGACACGUCGAAGUUAGUGCUCCUUCAGUCCCUUUCCAUUUGUCCUCCAUAGUAAUUUCUUCUUCUUUCAGUAGAAUCUGUAAAACUUGGAACUUGUUGUUGAGAGUUAUCUUGAAUUCGUUGAGUCUGUUAGUAUCUCUUGGGAAGUCUGAAUUGAAUCUUUUUACUGAUGUUUCCCCAGCUUUUCAGUAUUUUUAGCUUCCGUUUCAUCUCGGCAACCACCAGGCGCGGUGAUCUGAAGCUAUGUCAGCUCUUCUCCUUGUCCUUCAUCUUCCACUGUCCUUCGGAAUUUUUUAUUGGUACAAAUAUGAUCUUUCCGGUUCUCUGUGUUGUAGUCCGGUUAGACCCAUGUAACUUUGUGUGUGAAUGUUGUGCGGCCUAUAAUUUUCAUUUAUUUAUUUAUUUUAACACAUAGAUAUUGGUACAAGGGGGCAUCAAAUACAUAUGCGCCACACAAAUCUCAUUUGAUAUGUGUGAGGGCUGUGAUACUGCCGGGGUGCUCAAACCGAAGCAGGUGGUUUUCUUAGGGGGCCACACCCGGAGCCUUCGACCGGAAGGUCUGAUCCAUAAGGCAGUGGAGCAUCGUAAGGAGAUGCAGUCCCAUGGUAGCCGAUGACCAACGAUUGGUUCAUACGCCAUUUGUUCCUUCAGGAUACUGGAGCCCAUGUGCACCAGUGGUUUGGAAUCAGGGUUUUCCGACUCCCCUAGGUUGACUCUCCGUGUUCACCAACCCGGUUAAAGCUCUGGACAUUCUCUUUUCGUCCUCUCAAUUUCGUAAACAACAGUAAUGCCGCGAGAGGGCAGUGAGUAAGACUUCCCUGGCAGAGGCUAUAUACGCGUGUCGGCUCAGUGGUCUAGAGGUUAAGCGUUUAUGAGGCCUAUAACCAUUUUGUUGAAUCCACAUAGAUUUACAAAUCUCUCCCGACUUUCCUUCUUUUCUCCUAGUCCAUGUUUCCCCAUGAUAUCUUCGUAACAGUUGUUGUCCAUUCCGACUUGGGCGUUUAGUUCUGCUAUUAGGAUGGUCGGGUCUUUUCCUGAACACUUCUCUGCAAUCGAUUGCAGCUUCUCAUAGGACUGAUCUUUAUCGUCAUCAUUGCUAUCAUUGGUGGGUGCAUAACAUUCCUUGUGUAUUCUCUCAUUCUUUGUUUUGAAGGAUGCUUUGAUGAUCCUGGGUCCAUGAGAUUCCCAUCCGAUCAUUGCAUUUCGUGCUUCUUUGGACAGCAUCCGAGCGAUUCCCUGAGUGUGUGGAACAAUUUCCUCUUCGUCACUGGAGUACAUCGGCAUCUCUCCCGUACCUAACUUUUGCUGUUCAGCUUGGGUUCAAUGGGUUUCGCUGAUUCUGAGAACCUCCAAGUUGUAUCUUUUCAUUUCCAUUGCUAUUUGACUGAUCCUCCCGGUCUCCCACAUUGUCCGAGCAUUCCAUGUACCUAUAAAAAUUGUUGUUCUAGUUGUUAGAAGGGUCAUCGGCCUCGUGACUUUCGAAGAACCUUGGCUUUCAUCAUGAGGCGUCAUAAUUCUUCCUUUAACUUCCAGGGCAGAGUUCAAAUUAUUUAAUCUGGUUGGCGUUUUUUAGCAAGGUUUUUUUCUACGGGAUGUGGUUGCCGACCCCAUGCACAACCCUCCUCCUUUAUUCAGGUUUGGAACUGGCAGUAACAUUAGAAGAGCUGCAAGCGGAGUUAAAUAAUACAAUGAGUAAUAAUAUUCGAAUGAUAAAAGAUAUGUUAAAUAACUGGGAUUUAUGUGUUUUAAAAUUUAGCAUAAGUGCAUAUUUGUUUAAUUUUUCUCUUAUCGAUCAUUGUUAUAGGUUUAGUCAAAGUAAAAUUUGUAAUGUGAUACAUACUGAUUAUUAUAUUUCGGUAAACAACAAUAUUAAUAGCGGUGACACAUUAUGCAAUCGCACUCCAAUGUUUUACUAUUGUCUUCUAUUAUUUUCAUUUUUAAAAAAGGCAGAACAAGCUAUAUAAAGUGAAUUUAUUUCAGCGCUUAGCGAUUGUUGUUCUUGUCGUACCAACUUCACCAAGUGAACUAAGUGUAUGAAAGCAUUGUUAUUGUUUACUCCAAAGCAUUAUCAUGAACAUUUUCGGUGAGUAGAAGUUAAGAGGUGCACGUCGCAGGAACAUUGACUCACGUUCAUAGUAGUUUGGUUAACUCGGCUUGCGUAUGAGGUGUUGUUAAGUGCGGAGGUAUAAAGCUGGUUACAAUUUCCUGGUUUCUUACACCUUAAAGGAUGCUCCUUGAGGAACCUUAAUAGGAAAUCGGGUAUGGAGUGCUUUUGAUAACUUUGGAGUGUGACCAUAGUGUCCAAGGGUCUACUGUUUGAUGUUGGUCGCAGUUUUUUUCUCAGUUCUACUGUGUUAGCUCUUCGUUUUAAAGACGAUACAACCAGCCUUGGAAGUCCGUAGGGUAAGUUAUUUUUAAGACCGACUUUCUCUAACCCUCUCCUUCCGUUGUAAGAAGGUAGCAUUACUGUAGGUGAAGUUUUCUUCGAGGAAGCAUCUUACUGCCACCACACUCCAGUACAGCCAUUAGUAUGACUUCGCCCUCAGUUCACAAGUUUUUUGCUUCUGGUUUUGCCACCUCUCCAACCGACGUGAUUUUCACGGCAGGAUCUAAAGGAACAACUGUUUCAGGUUAUAUGGUUCAGUUGGAUCACCGCGAUGUAGAAGCCCGAUCACAACAUCAAUUUAGCAGUCACAAUCGAGUGAUAAAUAACUGGCAUCCCAUUGGAGAAUUAUAGAUAAAUUCUGCUUUCAGGUUUAACGGAGAUUCACACCAUCUCUUCGAUUCCAAUAUUAAUCUUAUUGAGUUUUAAAUAUUUAUUUUUAAGUCAUCAAUCCUCUCCUAGAUAACAAUCUUAUUUGUUGUGGAAACUAUGGGUAAACAUUCAAGGUACAUAAACUUCUUCACUUAGUCCUUCUUGGCAAUAAAAGGAUAUAGGAUAUUGAAAAUGUUAUUUUUUGGUAAACAAAAACUUGGGUUAUUUAUCCGAAUCUCUUCAGUAUUUGUUGCAUCAAAGAAUAUGAUGUAAUAAAGAACACUGAAUGAUCUAUUUCCAUCCACUUCAUGAGCACUAUCGAUC